UGCGCUCCGCGGCUGCUGAGGCUGCGGCAUGAGCCUGUGCGGCAGGAAGGUGCUGACGCUGCUGAGCAGCGUGUUCGCCGUCUGCGGCCUCGGCCUGCUGGGGAUCGCCGUGAGCACCGACUACUGGCUCUACCUGGAGGAGGGCGUCAUCCUUCCACUCAACCAGAGCACCGAGAUGCGCAUGUCGCUUCACUCUGGCCUCUGGAGGGUUUGCUUCCUCGCUGGCGAAGAGAAAGGCCGGUGUUUUACCAUUGAGUAUGUGAUGCCUACUAAUGUCCAGAUAACGUCUGAGUCCACCGUCAGUGUGCUCAAGAUGAUCCGCUCUGCUACACCCUUUCCUCUGGUCAGCCUCUUCUUCAUGUUCAUCGGCUUCGUGCUCAGCAACAUCGGCCAUAUCCGACCACAUCGCACUAUCCUGGCUUUUGUUUCCGGAAUCUUCUUCAUCCUCUCAGGUCUGUCUCUGGUUGUCGGUCUGGUUCUGUACAUCUCCAACAUCAAUGACGAAAUGUUAAACAGGACGAAAACCAACGAGGCUUACUUCAGCUACAAGUACGGCUGGUCUUUUGCGUUCGCUGCCAUCUCCUUCCUGCUGACAGAGACGGCGGGCGUCAUGUCGGUGUACCUGUUCAUGAAGCGAUACACGGCGGAGGAAAUGUACCGGCCCCAUCAGGGCUUCUACCGGCCCCGCCUCAGCAACUGCUCAGACUACUCCGGCCAGUUCCUCCACCCGGACGCCUGGGCGGGACGUGGCCGCAGCCCCUCCUCCAUCUCCUCCGAGGCCUCCCUGCAGAUGAACUCCUCCAACUACCCCGCCCUCCUCAAAUGUCCAGAGUACGAACAAAUGUCCUCCUCACCCUGCUGAGGAGCGGGGCCCACAUCGAUGGGGGGAGGGAGGGUUGAUUUUAUUUGAUUUUUUUUUUCUGCCCACGCUUUGGCAUUUAGUUGUCAAAUAAUUUGAUAUCAUCCAUUUUAAAUUCCUCGCUUUGGAUGCUCAUAACAUUUCUCUUUGCUCUCUCGACUGCUCUGUUCGUAGCUUUGAGUUUUGGGUUUGGAAGAAAGCAAAGCAUGAGGCUACUCUAUGUGCUUCGGAUGAAAGAGGAAGAUUAUUUAAUGACCCGUGCAGACUUUGCAUGUUACACACACACAACAAAAUCCAAACAUAUGGCUGGGAAGUUUACAUAGAAAGCAUUAACCAAUCGUUCUUGUUACCGACUUUAAGGAGACUUUCUCAGGAAAGUUUAUUUUAUUAAAAAAUCAUGAAAUUUCUUUACAAGCUCCAGUUUACUGCUGCAAAUGUGUCAUGCAGAUUCUUUUUCUAGCAUGUUUACAUUAUGUUCAGGACCACAUUUCAGAACAAACGUUUUGAGUAGCACAACUCUGCGGAGAUCCUCUCACACCACGUAAAAUCAGCUUUAUUAUAUAAAACUCCCUUUUUUAUAUAAGCAAGUAGUUUUACGGGCAUACAUGACAGGAGUGGUUUUGAAAAGUGGUGACUGAUAUUUAUGGAAUUAUUGUCUAAUUUCUAUUCUCAGAGUAUUUCAUUAUCAUGCUUUGACAGACCUUCGGUCAACUUCCAGAAAUAGAAACGUUUCUAACCUCGCUGCACUGGCAUGGAGACGAAACUAUGGGUUUUGCAUUUUAAACGACUCAUGUAAAGGUGCAUUAAGGCUGUUAUUUGAAUUUGUGAAUGACUGUUUCAAUUUAGGCAUACUUGUUAUGUGUACUUGCAAAACUAAUGUAUGU